AUGUCUCGAGAAUUUUCUCAAUCAUGGUCUGAAUCAACUGGAACAUUGGCGGUGUUAGAACCCGUUAUGAUUGAUUUGUUUUUACUGAUUAAUAUGCAAUCAGCCAGAUAUAUCCAGUCAGUCCGAAUUUCAUUAGAUUUAUAUACGGCAUAUUUGCGAUUAUUUGAUUCUGUCUCAUUGGCUGCAUUACGAUCCGCAGAUCCUUUAUGUAAAGCAUUUAAACGUAUGACGACAACACGUAGAGCUCCGCGAGACGCAUCCAGAAGUGUUGCUAUGAUUGCUCAAUGUCGGCAAAAGCAUCGAGAAAAACGAUCCAUUUUAGACGGUAUUUCUCUCCUCACAGCAGGAGCUACGCGCGGUUUGGAUACAAGGAACGCAAUUGAAAUUAAAAAAUUGCAAACAAGAAUGAACGAUUUUGCGUCAUCGUUAAACACCAUGUCUAAUAAAGUUGAUGUUCACGGAGCGCAAAUCGUUCAUUUAAAUGAAGGACAAGUACGACUUGGUCGGGGAUUGAAAUAUACUCAAGAGAGUCUGAAUUCUACAAUUUCACGGGUGAAUAAUAUUGUAAUGGCUGUCAAUGCAUUUAGUGUAAAUUCUGUUAUGUAUCUCGCAAGAGAACUUGGCGAAUUGAAACUUUCGUAUCAACAGUCAUUAUUGUAUUCCGCAAUGAAUGAUAUGUUAAACAAUACACCGACUUUAUCUUAUGUUCAUAACAGGGACAUGGAUGUACUGAUAGCUUCGGUGCUAAAUGAUAUUGAUUUGUACAUAAAUACAACCUAUGCUGAGUAUGGUUUAGCACAAUUAUUGACUGAACAUCUCUUCUUCCAACAUAUUUCGCUCGUCUCAAGCAAAAACUAUAACACUCCAAAUAAAGACGAAAUAGGUCGAAUUGUUAUUACUAAUUUUUUUACUUUGCCACCAAUUCCGCCAUCACUAUUUUCCGUAUAUGAAGUUAAAUCCAUACCACAUUUUCAUAAAAGAUAUUAUGUUCGUCUGAAUAACUUACCCAUUUAUGUUGGACAAAAUCGAGCUGAUAAUACUUACAUUGAGUGGUACUCAGCAGAUGUUGCAGCAUGUAAAUUUGGAUCUGUCAUUACGUGUCGCGAUAAUCAACCGGUUACAGAUGAAAUAGCUAAUCCGUGUCUUGCCGAAAUACUCAAUGAUCAACAGUUAACCCAAUGCCAUCCAGAACGAUUGUCACCUAUGCCCCAUUUUGUAACACAACUAUCUGGCUCAUUAUGGGUUGUGUCCAUCAACUCAAGUAUUACCUGCAACAAAUAUACUGAUAAAACAUCCAAAUCACCAGGCAAAGCACGGAAGUAUUAUAAUGAACCACUAUCUCCGGUUUCCAUCGUAAAUGUUUCACAUGGUACAACAAUAAAAUGUCCGGGUAAUCCCGGUUUUGGCUUAAGCGCCCCGUCGCUUCCCUCUCAGUCAACGUCAUAUGUUAUUCUACAAAACGGAACACUGAACAGUCCAGAAAAUGAGAUAUUUGAGAUGGUGAAAAGUUUGAAUAGUUCUAGUGUAUGGGAUAAUUUACCGUAUUUACGAGGCGACGUUGAUAAUAUUAUAAACUUUAUUAAUCAAGUACCAAAACCAGAGUCAACUCAGUGA